AGCGGCGCCCUCCUCGUCGAGAUCCAAAUUGACCAUCAUCCCAUAAGCGCCAUAGCGCAUAGUCAUUGCUUGCCCAACUCACCUCUCUUACUCCGCGUCCUCGUAGCUGCUUUCACUCACCAUCUCUCUUGCCAAUCCUCGGUCUUGCUGACGACGACCGCCACUCCCACAGCACUACCCACCUACAUCCCUGCCUCAAGAAAUGCGUUGCUCGAGUCUCCUGAUCGCCGCUGCCGCCACCUUGGGUCUUACUGCGCCCUUGGUGGUGGCACACGGCGACGAUCCGCUCCAUAGCGGAUGCCACACCAAGCGUCACCAGCUCAACAGACGCCAGGUGUCCGCUACUGGCGAAGGUGCCGCGCCUGCUGGAGGAGGUGCCGCUGCUGCGCGCUACUCCUGCGACCCCAACACCUGCAAGCUACCCGACUGUCGCUGUGCUGACGUCAAGCCGCCUGGCAAUCUUGCUAUCGAGGACGUUCCACAAUUCAUCACCUUGACGGCAGAUGAUGGUGUGACGUCUUUCACCGUCGAUGCUUUGAAUCGCUUGAUGAAUGGUCGCAAGAAUCCCAAUGGCUGCCCCGUCAAAGCAACGUACUUCGCACAGCUCGACUACACCAACUACUCUUCAGUCACCAAUUGGUACGUGGCCGGACACGAUGUGGCGGAUCACACAGUCACCCACGUUGCCCAGCCUAGUGAUGGCGAGAUUCGGAGCAACUUGAUUGCCAUGAACGCCCUCGCUGGCAUUCCGUACAGGUCCAUGAUCGGCUUUCGUGCACCUUUCUUGAACUACACGAAGGACACCUUGGUCUCUUUGAACAAGUUUCAAUUCACAUACGACAGCUCUGCGUCGUCGUCCGUUCCAGCAACGGACCCUAAUACCGACGCAUUCUGGCCAUACACUUUGGACCACGGUAUGGCCAACGACUGCGCUGGUGAUGUCGUGGGCAUCUGCGGGGGCGAGCCUAAGCUAAACGGAUUCUGGGAGAUUCCCAUGUAUUCUACGUACGAGUCACCGACCGCACCGCACCUGAUGGACCCUUGGCUCGAUGCCGACCCCAACGUGGUUGCCGGGUGGAUGCGCAACACGUUCAUGGACCACUACAACGGCAACAAGCAGCCUUUCGGCUUGUACAGCCACCCGAUUAAUCUGGCGUCUGGCUACCCUGGUCUGCCUGACCCGACGAACAAGCUCAACGCGAUCAAUUCCUUCCUCGACUUUGCCCACUCCAACCAGAGUAUGAGGAAUGUAUGGAUGGUGUCCAACUCGCAGCUGCUCGCCUGGAUGCGCAACCCCGUGCCUGCCAGCCAGCUCAACACUCUUGACGAGUUCAAGUGCCAGGCGCCUCAGGUCAACCAAGACGUCAUCUGCAACGGAAUGCCCGAGAAGGAAGCCACCGUCGUCCAGAAUUGCAUCUCCGACACCCCAGGCGAUUCCCUGAACAACUCGCCCUUCAGAACUUGCUACGGCUGCCCCCUCCAACGUCCCACCGUAGACGUGCCAAACCCUCCUCAAAAUAACGCUAGCGGCUCCUUGCGUCAUCGCAUUGCAGACAACUGCGACACACCUUUCUGGGACCCCAUUGCCGGGAAGUGUCUCAACAGUGGCUUCAAGGACGAGACCCGCACCAUUGGUCAAAACGGCGAAGGCAUCACUUCUACCGGAAACACAAACACUGAUGGUGCGACUACUAGCGGUGGCGGAGACGGCUACUCGACCUUCGGUGGCCCAGGCAGCGGCGCUGCUGCAGUCGGCUUGCCGAGCUUCUUCGCCGUGCUCACCCUUGGUCUGUCAGCUCUGGCUGCCGCCAUGUUCGCCUAAACAUCUCCGUCGGCGUAAUUGUGGGCUCAAACUGGUAGCCGACGUGACCGUGCCGCCUGCCUCUCGCUCUUGUCCUUUGUCCCAUGGUCACGAUCCUAUCCUAUCACGAACAAUAGCACUCAUCGCACUGUCCCAUCAUCUCGCUUCCGCUCAGACGCUCGCGUCGCUCUUGCACAAAUAGCCAUGCGUCUCUCAGCUUGGGUCCGCCUGCCGCUUCGUGUGCCUGAUGGCCUGUCGAUUCACUCACCGACGCUUCGACUCCGUGCCGCGUGCAAAAAAAUGAGCACGCCGCCGGAUCGUACAGCUUGAGACGCAGCAGAACGCCGGGCGGCAACAUGGCAAUCCGAUCCAAAAAUGAGUUCAGCAAGCGAA